CUGGCUGCCGCUGUUCUGCCUCCUCGCGCUCUGCUGUGCCCGCUGAAGCCAGCCACCAUCCUCCCCACGACGUGCUGCCCUGCACCCGCAGCCAUGUGCCGGACCCUGGCCGCCUUCCCCACCACCUGCCUGGAGAGAGCCAAAGAGUUCAAGACGCGGCUGGGGAUCUUUCUUCACAAGUCAGAGCUGGGCUCCGAGACCGGGAGUGUUGGCAAGUCCGAGUGGGGCAGUAAACACAGCAAAGAAGGCAGAAACUUCUCAGAAGACGUGCUGGGGUGGAGAGAGUCAUUUGACUUGCUGCUGAGCAGUAAAAAUGGAGUGGCUGCCUUCCACGCCUUCCUGAAGACAGAGUUCAGCGAGGAGAACCUGGAGUUCUGGCUGGCCUGUGAGGAGUUCAAGAAGCUCCGGUCAGCUACCAAGCUGGCCUCCCGGGCUCAUAGGAUCUUUGAGGAAUUCAUCCGCAGUGAAGCCCCCAAAGAGGUGAACAUAGACCACGAGACCAGGGAGCUGACCAGGACGAACCUGCGGGCUGCCACGCCCUCGUGCUUCGACGUGGCCCAGGGGAAGACGCGCACCCUGAUGGAGAAGGACUCGUACCCGCGCUUCCUGAAGUCCCCCGCUUACCGGGACCUGGCUGCCCAAGCCUCGGCCGCCUCCGCCUCCCAGUCCAGCAGCAGCCCGGCUGAGCCCUCGUGCACCUGAGCCUCAGGGCCGGGAGGGAGCCAGCUGGGCAGAGAGAUUGAGUCACCCAUCCCCGAGGCGCCGCCCCGCUGUGGGAGGCAGAUUCUGCAACGCAAGAGAGGACAGCGAAGGAAAAAGCCCACCCGGUGACACCCUCUCCUCCAGAUACUGUGGGGCUGAAUACCAUGCAUGAGAGGGUCCCCCCACUUCUAGGACCCGUGGACAAGGGCUGGAGAUGAGGCUCGCGUGGGGCUGUUGGGGAAAGGGAUGGGGGUGCAGGAGUCAGCAUGUCUCUGGCCGUUCUCAGCGGGCGAGAGAUAUUCUAGGGUGCUUUGGGAAACUUGUGGAUAAAAGGAAGCUUGCAAAUGAGUGAGGAACAGACAAGCAGGUUAGCUGUUCCACCUGUCGAAUGGUUGACACAUCCUGUUUUCCUGGUUCCCAGGCUGUCCUGGGCACGGAGGGCGCCGUGGACCUGGAGCCUUCCCUUCCCGUCCUGCUCACCUGCCCCUGGGCUGCCCGGGGCUUCCCUCGCUUGCACUUCUCACCACUCCUGUGUCCAGCCUGGCGGUCUGGUCAAGGCCAGAAAACCAAAGGAAUGCUUGCCCCAGAUGAGAUUCUUACCUCAAAUACUGGCCUGGGAGCCCCUUUCCGAAUCAGUAGAGAGCCCUGAAAAGAGGCCAUCGUGCUCAUGUGAAAUGAACCUUGGUGCUCUUGGUGGCCUCUUGCAGGUGCCCCUGACCCCGUGUGUGCAGCAGGGGCCACCUGUGAGCAGGGCCCACUGAGGCCCUCUUGCUGGGAUAUGCCCUCUCUUAGCUCCGUGCUGCCCUUGAACUUGGGGCCCAUCGGGAAAAGGCGUGGGGCCUCUUGGUGAGCGGCUCGUCCAGCUCUUAUGCCGGGCAGGGUGGAACGAGGCGGAAGAGGAUCCCGAGAAAUCUCUUGGCCGUUCCAGAAAGUCCUGUUUAAAUCAAGCUAAUAUUUUAUUUUUGUGGGUACUAGAACAGGGAAAAAGAGCUUCCCCAGGAUGGAAGGGGAGCCUUGUGUUUCUUUCCUGUGGAUGUGAGGUGCUCUCACUGGGGUGUUGGGAGAAAUGAGCUCAGUGAGCUUGGACAGGCCUUAGAAGCUGAGAGUGAAGCUGGGGGGAGAGGCUGCUGGGAAGAGCAGGACCGGGGGAAAUCAGAACCUGCUUGUCAUCUCAGGGCAUCACCGAACACACACUCCAUGGUGGGACUUCUGCCCGGGCCCAGGCUGGGGAGGUGAAUUAACCAGGCAACCCCCUUUUGCCCCUAGGAAAAUCCACGCUGUUCUCUCUGCACUAGGAGCUUCUCCAGGAGAAAAUUAUUUAAAUCUAACAUAUUGUUGGUUUUGUGACAAUGGUCUCGGCACAUGAUUUUUAUUGCUGUUGUCAUGUUGUUGCUAUUGUUAUUUAUUGCCACUUGAGUUUGCCUCCACUGGAGAAUCUCGACAGGAGCUGGUGGCCUGACUGUCUCCCUCUCCACUGGACUCUACCUCUUGGACGUGCUGGGAACCUCUUAGCACCUGUCAGGAACUCCUCACUGUUUAAAUAUUUAUUUAUUGUUGACAACUGGAGCUGGUUUCCUAGAUGUGAACGAUGUACUCAAUCCCCAUUUUCCUGUUUCAGCGUGUUAUUUUAUUGUGAAUUAAAA